AUGAAGAAGAGAGGGGCCUGGGUGCGGUUUGAUUGGCCCGGCUCUUCGGCGGGAAGGGCUCGCGCCCAGGGCUCCUCUGACGUCACUCCGCUCGAAACGCCCUAUCCUCCAUCAGUGGGGCGCUCAGCGCGAUUUCUCCAUGAUAUUCCCGAGGAACCUUGUGGUGUGGUAAACACAAUUACAAAGCUAGCCAAGACCUGUACUCUACGCUUCACAGUUGACAAAAUCUACUUCAUUCUCAAUGACAAGGUAGCAAAUGGAGGUGUUAGCAUGUGGUGUGAACUUAAUCAGGAGAACUUCUUUGAUGAGUUCCAAAUGGAGGGAGUGGCUGCAGAAGACAAUGAAAUUUAUUUAGAGCUAACAUCUGAAAACUUCUCUAGAGCUUUGAAAACAGCACAAAAUGCUAAGGCAGUGAAAGUCAAGUUGACUAAUAAGCAGUGUCCCUGUCUCACAGUAGCUGUGGAACUGCCUUCCUUAUCAAGUAGUAGCCGCAUUGUGACUCAUGAUAUACCUGUGGGGAUUAUCCCACGAAAGUUGUGGAAUGACUUUCGAGAGCCCAGUGUGCCAGAUUUUGAUGUCAGCAUUUAUUUACCUGUGAUGAAGACCAUGAAGAGUGUUGUAGACAGAAUGAAAAACCUCAGCAAUUCUAUAGUAAUAGAAGCAAACCAAAAAGGAGAAAUGAACUUGAAAAUAGAAACAGAUCUAGUGUCAGUUGCAACUCACUUUAAAGAUCUUGGGAAUCCUCCUUGGGUACCUGAGCAUGCUUCUCAAAACUCAACUGAAAAGAGGCAUCCUGAGACUAUGGCUGAAGCACGCAUUGACAUUAAAAGACUUCUCCAGCUGCUUGCAGGUCAACAAGUGAAUCCAGCAAAAGCAUUGUGUAAUAUUCUGAACAAGAGGAUUGUUCACUUCAUCUUGCUCCAUGAGGAUUUCUCUCUUCAAUAUUUCAUUCCAGCCCUCACAUGAAUUGUCAUCCCAAUUCACUUGUUUAUGCUGAGGUAUUUUCUUAGUCUACUGAAACAAAACCUGAAAAAGGAAACAGAAAAGAUGAACUUGUUAUUUCAGUUAAAACCCAAUUCAUAAAAAAUACUGUGUACAGAAGUAUAUGUUUUUCAUAUUAUAUUAUGGCAAAUAGAAUUGAAGUUAAAAUCUCUUUUUUACAUUUUUAUUGGACUGAAUAUGGAUGUUUUAUUUUAAAAAUACUGUAGUCUAUUAUGUUAUUAGUGAUUAUGUUAUUAACUGCAGAGAAAAUAAUGAUGCUGGGGAAAAUUGAAGGAAAAAGGAAGAAGGGUCGACCAAGGGCAAGAUGGAUGGAUGGUAUCCUUGAAGUGGCUGGCUUGACCUUGAAGGAACUGGGGGUGGCAAUGGCUGACAGGGAGCUCUGGCGUGGGCUGGUCCAUGAGGUCACGGAAGAGCCAUAAGCGACUGAACGAAUAAACAACAACAUUAACUGCAA